AUGUUACGCAGUUCAGUAUCGAUUAUGACUGUUCUACUUGGUCUUUUCUCUCUUCUUGUCGUUCCAUCUGAACAAGCAAAUCCAGUUGCUUCACGACAGCCGAAACCGAAAUUUCCAGCACUUAUUGAUGAAGAAGCAUCACAAUGGCUUUCAACACGUAGUCUUCCGCGUCGUUGGCGCUAUCAAAAUGUGAAUCAUCCAUCGGCCGACCUGGAUCAAAGUUUCAAACAACUGCAUUCGCUUUAUGACAAUGGUAUUCGUCAAUACGAUACACAAUCAUUUGAAGGUGUUUCGAUGGAAGUCAUCUUCGAAAUGGUUUACAAACAGCAAUCCUCGGCUAUUUCCGGAUAA